UGCCAAUAGGUCAGUCUGGUUUUGGCGCGUGAGGAUCAGGUUGUGUUUGACGUGUGGAAAGGACAAUAACAUUUUAAAACAGCCCAAAAAUUCCAGAGAAAGGACCUAAAUUUCCGCCUGGAGAGGAACCCAAAAGGACCACGAUGUCUGGAAGGGAAGCUGGUGAGGAGAUCAGAGGUUGUCUGGCACACCAGGAAGGGAAGAACAUGCUGAACCAUGGAGGCCUGGACUAUACCACCUACUUAAAGCUGGACCAGGUGCUGGGUGCCCAGUGUCUGCAGAGCGAGGUACACGGGGACCCUGCCCACGACGAACACCUCUUCAUUAUCACACACCAGGCCUAUGAACUGUGGUUCAAACAGAUCCUAUGGGAGGUGGACUCCAUCAGGGAUGUCUUCAACAAUGUUGGCAAGGGUGCGACUCCGGGGGCCACGACACUCGAUGAAGGAAAGACGCUGCUCAUCUUGUCCCGUCUUAACAGGGUGAACCAGAUUCUUAAGUUACUUGUGGACCAGGUAAUGAUCCUGGAGACCAUGACUCCACUCGACUUCGCAGAUUUCAGAGGUUACCUGGCUCCAGCCUCUGGGUUCCAGAGUCUGCAGUUCCGACUCCUGGAGAACAAACUGGGACUCAAGCAGGAGCACAGAGUCCGCUACAACCAGAAGCACUACCAGGAGGUGUUCAAGACCCACCCUCAGUACGUCCAGAUGUUGGAGGACUCGGAGACCGAAGAUUCCCUCCAUGUCCUGGUACAGAGAUGGCUGGAGAGAACACCUGGCCUGGAGGAAGACGGGUUCAACUUCUGGGGCAAGUUUAAGGCCAGUGUCAUGGACAUGCUGGCAGAUGAACUCCAGGAGGCAGAUAGCGAAGAGGACCCAUUGAUCAAAGAAGACAAGAUGGCUCAGUACAAGAAACAAAAGGAUGCUUUUGAGUCUAUCUUUGACGAGGACAAACACAAUAUUUUGGUGAUGAAAGGAGACAGGAAGUUUACCCACAAGGCCAUGCAGGGAGCGAUGAUGAUUUCCUUGUACAGAGACGAGCCUCGGUUUCACCAACCCUUCCAGCUGCUGACCCAGCUCAUGGACAUCGACUCCCUCCUCACCAAGUGGAGAUAUAAUCAUGUGACCAUGGUGCAGAGGAUGCUGGGUAGUAAGGUGGGAACUGGCGGCUCCUCGGGUUACCACUACCUGCGCUCGACGGUCAGUGACAGGUACAAGGUGUUCCUGGACCUGUUCAACCUCUCCACCUUCCUGAUCCCCCGGGACCGCAUCCCCCGGCUGACCCAGUCCAUGCACCGCAAACUCUCCAUCUUCGACCGGAACAACGACUCCGGCAUCAGCAUGGACGACUUGCGCGACCUCUCCAACUGAGCAAUGCAACCAACUCAAGGUCGGAAAAACUGAGUCAAGAAGAAAAAUAAGCCAUUAUGAUAGAAAGCUGCUGUAUGGUU